AUUGAGGCUGACCAAAAGAUCAAGCAAGCAUGGCAGCUUUUCAAUAAGUGUCUUGGUGAACAUUUCAUGACUGCACAGUGCCUAAAAGACUUUGCCGACUUACUUUUCUUCUCUGGAAACAAGACUGAACUGGAUAGAGCACUAUCGUAUUACCAAAAGGCUCUAGAAAUGAUGUAAAAAUUGGGGAUGGAUGGUCAUAAAGAGAGUAUUCUGACUCUAAAAAACUACGGAUUUUGCCACAAGAAGAAAGGUAACUUUGAAGAAGCAAGAAAUCUAUUCGAAAAGGCAGAGCGCGUUGCCGAGAUAGAACUAGAUAAGGAUCACAAGUGGAAAAUCAUGGUGAAGAUUCAACAAGCUCUUUUGUAUGAAAAAGAAGGAAAGAAAGACCAAAUGGAGGAGGCGCUGAAAGGAGGACUUCAAAUGUGUUACAGACUCGGACAGACGGCUGUAGAAAAACAUGGCUCCGACUUACUGAAAAUUCUAAAUCGUCAUCCAAACUCUAAACUCCAAACCGAAGUACACCGUCUGAAGACUGAACCAAUUGAUCAUGAGGGACUUUCGAUGGGCAAAAGGCUAAAGCAACCAAUAGAUGAGAUGGGCAAUAGAGACAAGAUUCAUCAUCCACAGUCGUUCCCGGGGAGAGAAUUUCCAAGGAAUUUGCGUGGUCCAGAUGGUCGAUCCAGCAGAGGUCAGUGACAAGUAAUCAAGAACCACUUCAGCGUUAGAUAUAGAAAUAGAUCAUAGAUGU